AUGGCUUUUUCACAAGAUCAUAAUGAAGAUUUACGUACAGCUAUCGAUACAACAAUUGAUAUUAAUUCUAUUCGAGCUAUGAGUUGUUUUGAAAAUCGAGAUUUUGAAGGUUUAAAAGUAGCUAUGAGAAAAAUGCCAAAUUCACAAGCAACUGGAGAAGAACUUGGUCUAAGUAUUUCUUGUUGUUGGGAUAUGGAAGCAUUUGAUAUGUUAGCAACGGUUGAAGCAUUAAAAAGAGUAUCAAAACGAAGAUCGGAUCUUUGGUCACUUAAUGCAGUACUUCAAUUAACACAAGAUUUAACACGAAUUCAUAAUGUUGAUGAACAUGCAUUAUGGUCAGAAGAAAGAGCAGCUAUUAAAAAUCGUCAAGUUCCUCUUUUACUAGGUCAAAAAUUUGCACCUGUUCAACAUACUGUACGAGCAUUGAAUUCUAUUCUUCUUUACAGUCAACCAAAUUUGAAUAAUCAAAGUGCAUCAGCAACAAUAAAUUCUAAUUGGACAGCACUUCGACUGGGUGCAGCACGAUUGGCUCGCCAACAAAAUAAUUUUACAUUAGCAUCAAAAUUACUUAUUCAACAAUUUCAAUCAACUCAUACAUGGACAACGGGUCCACCAACAUCACAAUCUAGUAAUACUUCAUUAGGAUCUACAUUACGUUCGUUUCAUUCGGAUGCAUCAUCUAUUGAAGCGUAUUCACUUGCUUCACUUGUAACAAUGAUUGAACGUUACCAAAAUGCUCAUAUGGUUAUGAUUGAACUUGAAACUGAAACAGGGAAAUUAAUGCAUGCUCUAUCAUUAAAUAAAGCUAAUAAUAUCAAUAUAACAAUUGCUAUUGAAUUUCUUUCACGUUCUAUAUUACGACAUUUAAUUCAUGAAAGCCAAUCUAAUCCUCAAUAUAAUAAUCAACGUUCAUUAAUUAAUAUUGAAAAAUGUUCAAGAAAUUUAUUACAUAUUGUUAAAUGGUCACGUACUGCGAUUGAAAGUAAUCAUGAAAUAACAACAACAAGUGUUGUAUCACUAGGCAAAUUAUUUCAAUUAAGAAAACAAUAUCUUCUUACUGGAUUGAGUGUUGAUAUUGUUGGAGGUUUGUUUAUUUGA